ACUACACCCAUCUCAAACUCCGGCGUAUCAAGGCACAAUCCAUGGCGCGGCAGCUCGUAGGUCUUUUCUCGGCUGCCUUGGUCGCUGCUGCCGCCGUCGCCGCUGCAGGAGCGGGACUUCCGUCCAACUUCGCCAUGAUAACCCCACGGGGACCGUUACUGGGGAAGAGGGACACGGCGGAGUACUGCGGCAAGAGGAAGUGCAUGGCCAAGUGCGAGAGCCGCUGCCCCGACCAGUGCUUCGUCCUCUGCCCCAGCUGCAAGACGAUAUGCAUGUGCGACUACUACCCGGGCAUCUCGUGCGGCGACCCGCGAUUCACCGGUGGCGACGGCAACAACUUCUACUUCCACGGCAAGAAGGACCAGGACUUCUGUGUCCUCUCCGAUGCCGAUCUCCAUGUCAAUGCUCAUUUCAUUGGCACGCAUAACCCUGCAACGGGUCGUAACUUCACCUGGAUCCAGGCCAUCGGCAUCCGCUUCGCGGACCACCGCCUCUUCGUCGGCGCCAAGAAGACCGUGAAAUGGAACAACCGCGUCGACCGUUUGGAGAUGGCCUUGGAUGACGAGUCCAUCGAUCUCCCUACCAAGCUUGACGCACGUUGGGAGUCGGCAGCCAUGGCAGGCCUGACCAUCACGAGAACCGCCGCAACCAAUGGCAUCAGAGUGCAGCUCAAGGGGGUGUUUGACAUCAUGGCCAGUGUGGUGCCUGUGACUGAGAAGGACUCGCGCAUCCACAACUACGGUGUCACGGAGGGCGACUGCCUAGCACACAUGGACAUCGGUUUCAAGUUUCACGAUCUCACCGACGAUGUGCAUGGCGUCCUUGGUCAAACGUACCGCUCCGACUAUAUUAACAAGCUUAGGGUGAGCGCCAACAUGCCGGUGAUGGGUGGUGCGACCAGCUAUGUAUCAUCAGACAUCUUUGGUGCCGAUUGUGCAGUUGCUAGGUUCGGUCGCCGUACCAGCAUCUCGAUGGUUGCAUCAAGUUAUAGUUGAAGACUCGAAGUACUUUUACGGUGAGAUGUUGCCUAGCUAGCCAGCACGCAGCCAGACCUGAAUAAUUGAGUUCAUGUAUAAAAAUGUCAUAUAAAUAAGCGGCAUGUUUCUUUUUGGGUAGCCGAUGUAAUUUUCUACUCCCUCCGUCCUAUAAUAAGUGUCCCUCACUUAGUAUAAAAUUUGUACUAGUUUAGUUAUAAAUUAGCGACACUU